GGUACCCUCAUUCACCCAGUAAUGGAAAUGUGCAGAGAUUCGUUGUGGUCACCUUGAAGCCUUGGAUAAGGCCAUGAGAUCUCAGCUUGAGUUUGAGUAAGAUCUUGGUACCUUAUCAAAGAGUAGGACCCAGCACAAUGCAGAGAUAAACUGUUUGGUUUUAGAGUUAACAUUCAACACGGGAAGCAAAUGCCAAGAUUUUUUCAGUGAGUGUGUUACUCACUUAAACACUUUAGCAGAGUAUUUGGCUUGAGAUUGGUAGGAAGAAGCUUAGUUACAAGAGAGUUCAUAACCCCUAAGAUAAUCUACUCCAGGGGUCAAGUGUGCCUCAUAAAGGCCAGAUAUUGUUAGGAAAGUAAUGUCACAAAGCAAACCAGAGUGAUCCACUUGACCAACAAGCCAUCUUGCUGUCUAUUUUUAAGUAUUAGAGUGAAUUGAUUUAACACAUAUUUUGGGUUUGAAAGUUGAGUCCUCAAGGGUUAACAUGGGGAAGGUAUUAUGGAGUUAGGAGAUAAGGGCUUUAUGAAAGGUGAUGAGACAGGCAGAUCUGGGUGCUCGAGUGUCUGUGCCAUAGGGCUUAGUCUUUCAUGCUACUGUCUGACCAAAGCCCCAAGCUGGAUUCUGCGGACACUUUCUCUGCCUGAAUCCUUCAAGACGCAAUUUCUCCAGGAUUCUGAGUCCCCUGGGAUUUGAUGUCUGGUUAUCCUGUCUAUUUCCCUUUGUCUCCUUUAUUGGCACUCUGUCUAUUUGGAGAGAAGUGCUGAGUCCCAAUGCUCAAGGCCUGAACCAGAAUAGUUGUUUUUCUGCUCAAUUAGUUGUAUUUUCUCCCAGUCAAGUUCACCCGUUGAGUUGACACCAUGGAUAUUGGUGGUCUUACAACAGUGGUAGCCAACUCGGCAUACAUCUCAGCUCGUGGAAGCUUCGAUGGCACAGCAAACGCAGCAGCAAAUCGGGACAAGAAGUACCAUGCCAAGCUCAAACUGCCUCACAUCACAGUAUGUGAGGGCCUUAGGGAGACACUGGACCUCCAGUUUAACAGUAUCUGUGUCGAACAACCCAUUGGCAAGCGCCUGUUCCAGGAAUACUUAGAAACAACUAAUGAGUACAAGGGGCCCUGUCGCCUAUGGAAGGAUGUGGAGGAAUAUGACACGGCUGAGGACAAGGAUCGUGUCAGUAAGGCUGCCAAGAUCCUCCAACGCUACAUGGACCCUGCAGCCAAGUACUUCUGUCCCUUUCUCCCUGAAAAUGACAUCACCAAGGUGAAAGAGCGGCAUGCGAAUGCUUCAGAUGACCUGUUUGUUGACAUUCUAGCCUGCGUUCUUGAUUUCCUUAAGGAGGUCCCAUAUACCUUCUACCUGGAGACCAUGUACUUCAAGAGGUUCCUGCAGUGGAAGUGGCUGGAGAUGCAGCCCAUUGGUGAGGACUGGUUCCUGGACUUCCGCGUGCUUGGGAAGGGGGGCUUCGGCGAGGUGUCUGCCUGCCAGAUGAGGGCCACAGGAAAGAUGUAUGCCUGCAAGAAGUUGAAUAAAAAAAGGCUUAAGAAGAGGAAAGGGAAUGAGGGUGCCAUGGUGGAGAAAAGGAUUCUGGCUCGUGUUCAUAGUAGAUUCAUUGUUUCCCUGGCCUACGCCUUCCAGACCAAAACGGAACUUUGUCUGGUCAUGACCAUCAUGAAUGGAGGAGACCUGAGGUACCACAUUUAUAAUGUAGAUGAGAAUAAUCCAGGCUUUGAUGAGCCCAGGGCAUGUUAUUAUACAGCUCAAAUCAUUCAAGGGUUGGAGCACCUUCAUCAGAAGAGAAUCAUCUACAGAGACCUGAAACCAGAGAAUGUUCUUCUGGACAAUGAAGGUAAUGUGCGUAUCUCUGACCUUGGUUUGGCUGUGGAGUUAGCAGACGACCAGGAGAAGACGAAAGGCUACGCUGGGACUCCAGGAUUCAUGGCCCCUGAGUUGCUGAAAGGAGAUGAGUAUGACUACUCUGUAGAUUACUUUACUCUUGGAGUCACUCUCUACGAGUUCAUUGCCGCCAAAGGCCCCUUCAGGACUCGAGGAGAGAAGGUGGAGAACAAAGAGGUGAAGAAGCGCAUCCUGAAUGACCCAGUAACCUACACAGAGAAGUUCAGUGAGAAUGCGAAGUCCAUAUGUGAAGCCUUGCUAGCUAAGGAAGUGGACAAGAGGAUGGGCUUCAAGAAUAGGACUUGUGAUGAGCUGCGUGCGCACCCUUUCUUCAGCAGCAUCAAUUGGAGGAAGCUGGAUGCAGGAAUUCUGCCACCUCCGUUUGUCCCUGAUUCUAAGACCGUGUAUGCCAAGGACCUUGAUGAUGUGGGAGCAUUCUCCACUGUGAAAGGAGUCAACCUGGAAGAUUCGGAUAAGGAGUUUUUCGAUGAGUUUGCCUCUGGAAAUAUCUCCAUACCUUGGCAGGAGGAGAUGAUUGAGACAGGAAUCUUUGGCGAGCUGAAUGUGUGGGGUCCUGGAGGCACAGUGCCCAACGAUCUACGGCGUGAGUCUCUCCUGGAGCAGCCAAAGUCUUCCACAUGUACCAUAUCAUAAAUGCUUCUAUAUAAAGAGAACUCUUUCCCCUUUCCUUAAUGUUCUCUGAUUGGGUUGAUGCCUGGACAUAAAGAGAUUCAGGAAUGACCAGAAGGAUAAAGUUAUUUCAUGUUGUCAUGUUUUUAUCAACAAAAAUGGACUGCAGAACAGCUUUUAACAAGCAUUAACAUGUUAAUACAAGCUUUGAACAGAUGAAAGAAAAGAAUUGGUGGUGCAUUGAUGAGUAACACUUAUUCCACAGCGCUGUUGAAUUUUCGAUUCUGUUGGGUCACGACGGUGUUAAUUACUUUUCUGACAGUAGUGCCAGCUCUAAGGCAAAACACAGGUUCUAUUUCACCCCCACCAGGGGCAGUGUCUAACACCUGAAUAUCCUCUAGUGUACAUGUGCACAUGUACUGAGACCUUCAACAAGUGAUGUAGUGUUUGCUGGUUCUACACAAAGUAUUUUCUUGUUCAGAAAACGAAGGCAGCACCCGUCCUAUUCUAGGCCAGCUUGGUUCCUGAAAGUCCUCUCCUUUUGCAUGCUAGCAUAGUCAAAUGUUGUUCAUUCCAUGUAGCCAAAAGACAGGUCAGUAGAUCUUGCAUCACAGCAUGUCUCAGACAUCACAACGCUUGCCAGCAGUAUGCAAGUGGGUUGCUCCUGUACACGCGAACCCAGUUUCUAUUGAGGAUGCUGGACUUGUUGACUGCAGUCAUAUCAGUGGUUCCCUUGGGCCUGCUGGGACUGAGGGGCUACUUGAAAUCAGGGGCAUGUGGCCAAAUCCUAGGCUCAAUCAACAAAGAUGCAGUCUCAUCUCAAUGAAAGUGGUACAGACCCAUAAAGAGAUGGUCACCAUCACCAAGGAUGCCUCCUUCACUGGAUUGGGAGCAGUGUGGUAUCACAGGAGGCAUGCCGACCCUCAGUGUGAAGUCAGAACACAUUAAACUGCUGACUAUUGCGUUCUGUCUAACUGUUCUGUGACACUUUCCAUUUGGGCAAUUCAGCAAUGGUGAGGCGCAUAAAUCACCACAGAUGCACAAGUUAAAAAAAAUUUGCUCUCCACGUUAUAUGGAAGCUCUUCCAGUGGGCUCAAUGAUGGCUAGCCUCACUGACAUGUGAGUACAAUGGGGCUGCAGACAUGCUGUUCAGGCAGCACAGAGUCGUGCUAGCAUUCAGAGGUGGUGCAACAGGUCUGGGAAAAUUUUGGCCAGUGAAAGGUGGACCCUUUUCCUGGUGUCUUGUUGGCUCAUUUUCCUCAGCAGAGUGGGAAGGUCCUCAGGGACAAGAUGCACAUUCCUACCUCCUUUGCUGAUUCUGCCCAUGCUACACAUAAUUCAGCAAUCAAACCACAGAGUUCUGCUCAGGAUACCAGCAUGACCAGUGAAACCGUGGUUCUCACUGCUGCUUAUUCUAGUGGUUGGGACACCCUGGCAACUCCCUCCUCAGGCAGACUUGUUGUCUCAGAUGAAUGGGGAACUGUUCCAAAAAUGCUGUGUGCCCUGUUGAUUGCUGCCCAAUGCCCAGUGCUGCCUAACCCUCAAAGUCAGCCAUAGGUGAGUCAGUUCCUCACUACGUUGUCGCAGAGGGUAUCCAGAUGUUAGACACUGUGUCUGGCAGUCAGAAGGGGUGAAAUUCGAUUCUAUGGUCACCCAGUAGGCCCUCGGUGAGUAGGUUCCAGGAAGAGAAGUGGUGUGGUAUGAAUGUGUUUAUAGCAAAUACUACGUCACUGUCACUAGUGUUUAUAUUAAUGCACCUACUUAUAAAAAUUAUUGUUUCUAUAGUAACACCUCAUUCACAGUUACUUGCAUGGCAGACACACAACAUAAUCCAAUACUAAUAAUAAACAAAUGAAUCCCUGUGUUGUUAUUUAACAAGGAAAAACAUAUAAUUGUUGAUCUGUCAGUUUCACCCGAUGGGAAAGUCUUCAGGAGAGAGGGCUCUGUCAAGAUCUUUGACAAGAUCUGUUUUUUUUUGUUUGUUUUUUUUUUUGUCUUAUUCAUUUAAAGAGAGAGAAAAAAAGGCUUGUGAGGGAAUAACUGUUUAUAGCUGCUCUAAUAUAGUGAUAACAGGAAUUAACUUGUCUCACAACAAGUUAAAUGUAACUAUAAACGGUUUAAAGAACUGACAUGUCAUUGGUUAAUAAAUUUAAAAUUGUAAUCCUUGGCAAAUUGCUGUGGUACAAGAGGAAUAAAACACUUUGCGAUGUGCUGUUAUAUGAUGUUAUACGGUGUGAUAUGGAAGCGGAGAUAACGCAUCGCCGAAGUUGAUUGAUUAUUUUCCCAUAACAGCGCACCCUGUCAUGUUCAGCUAGCUUGAUUUCCAUCAUUCAAAGGUACCACAGUUAGGAGUUUAAAGGGUUAAAGGGUUAAUGUACUGUACUAAUGGACUGUCAUUACACUGCUGUAUUUUCUAUGUUUAUUAUGACUAUCCUAAUUUGCAUAUUGCAUCAAAGCUGAGAAGGAUAUGAAGGUUACUUUAUCAGCCUUAGUGAAUUAAUUUCCUCUCUUGUAAGAAUUCACUAUACAGAUAUCUAAGGGUAUUGUAGGGCUAUUUAAUCCAGCAGAAAACUGUCAUGUAUGAUGUUUUGGAUAAUGAGGAAUAAAAAAAAGAGGUGCUGAUGACUAAUUACACAGGAAAUGCUUGUGCUUUUCAUAGUGUUUUAUUAUGGUUUGCUGAGUGCUCCUGCCCAGAUAAGCUUAUUUCAGCCCACUUAGAUCAUCCUUUUGUGUAAAAAGCUGUGAAUGAAUGUUGAUUGUGCAAACAAUAUUACAAUGAAUAACCAUUUUUUGAAUUAUGCAAUAGGUAUCACAUUUAUUCAAAUAAA